GUAUAGUAGAAAACGUACGUGGAAAAAACCGAAAACAACAUCGAUGGAAAAACCGAAAACGACGCGACGUUUUCAUUGCGCCUCACAACAGUAAGUACGCCUAAUUUCAAAAGAUUGCUUGAUUGCAACAAUCAUAAUAUUCAAUUCCUUAAGAACCAACGAAGUAAGUAAAUCCACCACGCAAGUCAAUACAGUACCCGAAGCAAUACUCGCAAACUACAAUGCCAGGGAACAGCAACGACCUCGGUUCAAUGCCCGAAGACAACCAUCCUCUAGCCUCAUUCCUCAAGCUGGGUGAUUCAACGACUCCUGGAACAGAUGAGCGCAAUAUGCUUUUCAUGGUAGCCCACAUUGGGUUUUUUGCCUUUAACUCCUUCAACGUCUUGUACAUUCUGGUCGUGCAGGGCAUCAUCGAAAGAGAACUCCAGAGAAACAACAUCCUCAAGAUCGCCCUGGGCGCCUGUUUGUGCCAGCUAAUGAGCUGCAUGUGCAGCAUCCACCGGUACAAUACCAACGACGAGUUUUCGGCGGUUGGGCCCUUCGCCCACAUCAGUGGCGUACGCCUUUGGCAACAGCGCCUGCGUCUUCAUCGGCCUGAAUCGGAACGCACACGGAAGCAUCGAAAACUUUGCCGGGCUCGGCAUUGCCCUCCAUUAUUCAGUGCUCGGGGUUUCAUGCUGCGUGUCGACCGCCAUCUAUUGCUUUCUGCAGGGAUACAUCCACUGGGAUCCCGAUCCGACCAAGCUGCAAAACUUUCAACCCUUUCGCAAAUUCAUUGGUGUCUCGACGAUGUUCCAACUCUUGGCAAUGGCGCGGUGUCUGUACGAGUACCAUAACGGAAGGAUCGGCUUCCCCCCAAACGAUCCCGCUAGAAGAUCCGUGGUCCGGAUGUUCCAAACCUGCAUCUUCCUUGACCUUUUUGCACUCGGUCUAGCUGGCACCGGAAUGCCCGUCCUUCAAUAUCCUGCUACUGGUUCUACCUUCUCCGUAUUGACCUUGUGCAGCACAUUCGUCGGCCGCAUGAACUUUGCCCGGGAACCCGAACCUAUGCAAGGCGAGAAUGGGGGCAUGCUUCUUGCGAAUGAUGCCGGCAAUGGUGAUCGUCCGGAGGACAUCGAAGCCGGCGAAGAACCCCAGAACGAAAGAAUGUUGAUCCUGCGUAGACAGCGAACUCCUUGACGGAAGAGAAGCGGUUCCGGUUAGAUAGUGGAAGUACCGUACAGUUGUUCUCGACAAGAACGUGUGUUGCUCUUUUUUACAUUUAAAAUAAAUUAUAUAAUUCAAG